ACUACUUCCCCAUGUAUUUAAUAGCAGAGUGUUAAUGCAACUCUAUUUAUUAAUUUAUUUUAACACCGCUUUUUCAAUGUAUUUCCCCACCACUUCUUUAUUUCAAACUUAGGUGCCAUUGGACAACUCCUGCCUUGACAGUGAGGGACACAAGCAUGCUCAUGAAGAUGAAUGGAACGAGGGAUGUGAGCAUUGUCGCUGUGAUAAUGGUUUCAAAGUUUGUAUAUCACCAAUGUGUAUAGAUCCACCCGAGGAUCAACAAUGCACACUACGACCUGAAACAGAAAAUGAUUGUUGCCCACAAUUUGAUUGUGAAGAAGGGGAGAAACCAUGCAUUGACAGCGAGGGGAACAAGCAUGCUCAUGGAGAUACAUGGGACCAGGGAACAUGUGAGCAAUGUCUCUGUGAUUAUGGCGACAGUGCUUGUAUGUCACCAAUGUGUUUGGACCCACCUGAGGAUCAACACUGUACACUUCGACCAGGCACAGAGAAUGAGUGUUGCCCACAAUUUGAUUGUGAAGAAGUGGACAAACCAUGCAUCGACAGCGAGGGAAACAAGCAUGUUAAUGGCGAGGAAUGGUUCGAGGGACGAUGCAAGCAUUGUCUUUGUCAUAAUGGUGACAGUGCUUGUAUGUCACCAAUGUGUUUGGACCCACCUGAGGAUCAACACUGUACACUACGACUAGGAACAGAAAAUCAGUGUUGCCCACAAUUUGAUUGUGUAGAAGUGAACAAACCAUGCAUCGACAGGGAUGGAAAGAAGCAUGCUCAUAGAGACGAAUGGGACCAGGGUAAAUGUGAGCAUUGUCGCUGUGAUAACGGUGACAGUGAUUGUACAUCACCAAGGUGUUUGGAUCUACCUCUGGGUAAACAGUGUACUCUACAACCAGGAACAGAACACGACUGUUGUCCAUAUUUUGAUUGUGAAGAAGUGGACAAGCCAUGCACUGACAGUGAUGGGAACAAGCAUGCUCAUGGAGAGGAAUGGGACCAGGGAAAAUGUGAGCAUUGUCGCUGUGAGAAUGGGUUCAGUGCUUGUACUUCACCCAUGUGUUUGGACCCACCUGAGGAUCAACACUGCAGACUACGACCAGGAACAGAAAUUGAGUGUUGCCCACAAUUUGAUUGCGAAGAAGUGGAAAAACCAUGCAUCGAUAGUGAGGGAAACAAGCAUGAUGAUGGCGAGGAAUGGUUUGAGGGCCGAUGCAAGCAUUGUCUUUGUCAUAAUGGUGAAAGUGCUUGUGCUUCUUCCAUGUGUUUGGACCCACCUGAUGAUAAACAGUGAACACUACGACCAGGAAGAGGCCUGAUAGCUACAACAAGCAUUUUGAGGUUUAUUGUCUAACAUGGAGGAGGUUUCAUUACUUAAACUCCUAUUUAUUGGAGCUGGAUCGGUGUACACGUAUCCCCAUAUUGUGUCUUCAUU